CAAUUAAUAUUUCAAUAAGUUUUUAUUAAUAUAAGUGAAAUUUUUACAAAAAAUUGGAAAAAUGUCUUCUUGGCAAUCGCAAAUACAUAAUAUCUCGGAUUUAAUGCAACACGUAAUGCAGACUAAGAAGUUGGCCGAUGUUACUUUCAGAGUAGGCCAAGAGCCGAAUCAGAAGAUAAUCACUGCUCAUAAGUUCUUAAUUGCAAGCAGAAGCGACGUUUUUGAGAAAAUGUUUUAUGAAUCUUCUUGCCCUGCAACAGAAAUCCCAUUGCCUGACAUUAAACCGGAUAUUUUCGAAAUAAUGCUCAAAUAUAUUUACACCGAGAAACUAGUAGUGAACACCUUCGACGAAGCUAUUCAAACUUGUCGUUUAGCUGCUAAGUAUAACGUUGUCCAAUUAGUGACAUUAUGCAAGACCAAUAUAGAAAAACAACUUUGCCAGAACAACGUGUGCUUGGCUUUAGACUUAGCUAUUGCUCUUAACGAUAAGGAUUUCGUGCAGAUUUGUGAAGAUAUAAUUUCUAAGUACAGCCAAGAAGUGUUUGAAUCUGAAACUUUCUUAUCAUCUCCGAUAGAUGUGGUCAAAAGUAUCAUGAUGCAAACUGCAUUGAAUAUACCCAACGAACUUUAUUUGUUCGAAGUUGGUUUGAAAUGGGCGAAGACAAACAUAAUUAGAAGUCAAAACAAUUCAUCUCCCGAAACUAUGAGAACUUUAAUGAAUCCUUUACUUCCAUGCAUUAGAUUUCUUAGUAUGAAGCACGAAGACAUUUUUAAAAGUCCCGCGACGAGUGGUGUAUUGAAUAGUGAAGAAAUUAUGAAAAUCGGAAUGACUAUUUCUGGAUCCGAAGCUGUAUCAUUACCUACUUGGUGCAACCACGAAAAGAACCCCAGAAAACGUCUCUCAGUAACAACGCCAGAGGCAAUUAAGAAAAUUAUUAGAGCAGAUGAUAUGUCUUCACCCAUUUCGUCUUACAAUAUUAUAGAGUUGCAUCAUAAUUGCUUGGGUGAUAGCGACAGAAUUAGCUCUCUGGAUAUCAAUGAAAUAUUUAGUAUCGAGUGCAUGAUAUCGUUCGAUGCCGAUGCGAUCUUAUUCGGUUUUAGUUUCUGCGUUAGAUACAACAGCGUUUGCAAUGCAGAAUUAUACAUGGCACAAGGAAAGGAUGUUUGCCGCCCUAUAAAAUGUUUGGGAAACGUCAACGAGAGCUUCAAUUCAACCAAACAAAUUUAUAAUCACAGAAUGGUUAUUGCCGAUCCGAUAAAAAUGAAACGGAACGAAUGGUAUUACGCAAAAGUUUGCACAGAAGAUCCAGUGGACAUAUGCAUCCGUUCUGUUCCGGUCAUAAAUACAGUUAACACCCCCGACGUAACAUUCAACAUAAGAUACAUCAACAUCAAAAACGAUAGUCAUUUUCAUCAAGUAUAUUACAAAUGAUUUCAUUCAAUUCUUUACACGAAAAAAAAUUUAUCGUUCUGUAUAUAAAUUU